CCUAUCCCGCCCCGACCCAGCGCAGACUUCACUCCAGGUCUGGACCACAUCCACAUGCUCAAUCUCGAUAUCCUGAUGCUGCCCUUUGUCGAGAAUAUAUCUCACGCUUCGCCAAUCACCUGAGAGCAACCGUGGCGACGAGCGCCCCCACCAACCUUUCUCGGCACUGCACCACGAGCGCACGGCUAGGCUCUUCGACAACCCUCGAUUCGCGAGUCCGACCGCAGCGCAGACAAGGUCCACUGCAAGCGAACCGUACAUAGGAGCAGCAUUAUCACGAAGCCGCGAAGCUGCAGAAAUCGCUGGCUGGGGCCACGGUGGUACAAUGCGUCGCGCGUACCGGAGCGCCAGGCUCACGAUCAUACUCGUUAUAUCUGUGCUGGUCCUCUACAGCCUGACGCCAUACGACAGCUCAAUACGAUCGUUCUUUCGGUUCCACUCCAACGUCAUCGAAGACUACGUCCAAGAGAAGCACCCGAGCGAUGCCUGGCUCUUCAAGGAACAGCGAUGGCCCGUUGACGCCGCCAAGGACAUUGGCAUAAUUGUCAAAACUGGGUUCGGCACGAGAGAUCGCGUGCCCCGUGCGCUAUAUGCACUCGCCAACGAAAGCUUAAUCGCCGACAUAGUCGUGACACAAGACUUUCCCGUAUCCAACAAGGCAAAGGAUCAGUACAAACUGGCAGGCAAGCCGGUGCCGGUGGUCGACAUUGUUGGCUGGAACCUCGAGAGAGGCGCCUUGGCCGCUGCCGAGCACCUGGAACGCAUAAGCAAAUACAGGCAUCUCGCCGCUGCGGUCGAGGCGGAAGAGUGGCAGCUCGCAGACGGGCUGGGCAAGAGCAUGGGCUGGGAGCUGGAUGCUCUGAAGUUCUUGUCGAGUCUGGAGUAUGUCUGGCUCAAUAUGCCAAAGAAGAAGUGGUACCUCAUGCUGGACGACGACACUUAUGUCAUCAAACACUCGUUGAAUCUGCUGCUGGGUCACUUGGACCCCGCAAAGCCACAGCUUAUCGGAAAUCCAGUCGGCGACUACAAGGGACGCUUUCCCCACGGAGGCUCGUCAGUGAUCAUUUCCGGCUCUGCUAUGAGCAAGCUAUACGACCUGAACCCCCAAGUCGUUGCCGAGGGCCAUCUCGAGUCGGCCUCCAUCACGUGGGGCGACAAGUUGCUGUCGACGACCUUUAUGAAGGUCGGCGUCUAUCUUGACGAGACAUACCGGCGCAUGUUCAACGGCGAGAACCCGUGGACGACGAGGAUGUGGAUCGACCGUUUCUGCGCGCCGCUGCUGUCCUUCCAUGCCCUUGGUGACAAAGAGACGAUGGAGGAAGUGAGCAUCACGUUCGGGAAGAUGACAAAACCGGUCUUCUGGCGCGACCUCGCCGACAUUUACGGGGCGCCCUCGUUCAGCUCAUUCCUCGAGGAGCCCAUACGGGCCAACAUGGAGUACGUCGGCCGGCUGGACGAGUACAGCACCACGGUGCAGAAUGUGGACAGCGUCGAGAAGUGCCAACGCAUCUGCCAGUUCCAAAACUCGGACAGGUGCCUGGCCUGGAGCUACGACCCGCGCACCAAGGUGUGCAACCAUGCGCCGUGGGCGAUCAUUGGAGACUACCUGGAGGGACGGUUGUCGGGAAUCAAUCCCCAGCUCGCUACGACUGCUGCCAACCGGUGUCAUCCACUCCCUGCUGCCUUGACCAGCUUGUACUGAGUCCAGCGCCAUCUUCUUUGGGAGUGUUUUUUCUUGCGGCAUUGGGUCGGUGGAGGACACUGGCCCCUGGCGUUCUGGGCAUUUUCACAUGUGCAAUCCUGGGGAUACAUCCACCACAUAAUAUGAUAGACUUUAGAGCUUAGAGAAUGGCUCUUGUGACGAGAUUCAUCACGCUG